CGAAACACCGUCUCUCUCUUCGUCCUGCGUUUGAAGUAACGCUCCUUACUUUCCUGCAGCUGUCUUGCGACCCAGAGGUGGUGCGAGCCGCGCCACCCUCGCGCUCCUCCAUCCCGGCUGUAUAUUUUGAGGAUGUGUGGGAUGAGGAUGAUCCUAACGAGGCCGCCGCCGCCAGCGAGCCUCCGCCACAUCCGCUCUCCCUCCCCGACGUCUUCAUGGAAUGGAGGAGGCCUGCGACGCUUUUUCCACGCACGAGCUCGGGGAGACCGAGGAGGUUGGCUGCACCAAGGAUGAGCCGCCCCAUGCCCAUGCUCGUCAGGACGAUGACGGCCAGGAUGGGCCGCCCCAGGCCCAAAACCAUGAUGAUGACACCCCGGAUGAGGGUUUACCUGUGCCAGGUCGUCGGCGGGUGGCUCACCGCCCUAAGGCAACUGUGGCCCCCCAAAAAUCUGUGUUCGAACGGCUGGGGGUUGAGGUCGUCGUCCAGGAGGCGCCCGCUCAUGCUCGUCAGGGAGGGACUCCACAGCAACAAGCUGAAUUCAAGCGCCGUAUUCAUAAGAAGUAA